GAAUCUUCUGAAUCUUCUGAAUCUUCUGAAUCUUCUGAAUCUUCUGAAUCUUCUGAAUCUUCUGAAUCUUCUGAAUCUUCUGAAUCUUCUGAAUCUUCUGAAUCUUCUGAAUCUUCUGAAUCUUCUGAAUCUUCUGAAUCUUCUGAAUCUUCUGAAUCUUCUGAAUCUUCUGAAUCUUCUGAAUCUUCUGAAUCUUCUGAAUCUUCUGAAUCUUCUGAAUCUUCUGAAUCUUCUGAAUCUUCUGAAUCUUCUGAAUCUUCUGAAUCUUCUGAAUCUUCUGAAUCUUCUGAAUCUUCUGAAUCUUCUGAAUCUUCUGAAUCUUCUGAAUCUUCUGAAUCUUCUGAAUCUUCUGAAUCUUCUGAAUCUUCUGAAUCUUCUGAAUCUUCUGAAUCUUCUGAAUCUUCUGAAUCUUCUGAAUCUUCUGAAUCUUCUGAAUCUUCUGAAUCUUCUGAAUCUUCUGAAUCUUCUGAAUCUUCUGAAUCUUCUGAAUCUUCUGAAUCUUCUGAAUCUUCUGAA